GCAGAUGGACUGUGGGUGAACGUAACCCAUUAGUAGCUUUCAUUGAAUGGCUGGCACUGUGCUUGGGGUGGGGCCAGGAGUAUUUAUCAUAGCGCUGCUCUGUGUCUUGAUGUUGCUGCUCUGCAUGCUGUUAUCCAGGACUUCCGGUCUUGCAAGAUUCUCUGUCAUUAUGGUUUUCUUCUCUGCUGUGAUCGUUAUAUUGGUUCUGUUACUUUUCCCUCGUGCCAGUGAGUUCCCAGCACCAGCUACAGAAAUGAAGAUCGUGGACACCUUCUUUAUUGGCCGCUACGUCCUGGUCUCCCUUCUCAGUGUGACGUUUCUGGGAAGCCUGUUCUUGGUUCUGGUUCACCAUAUCUUGGAGCCAGUGUAUGCUAAACCACUCCGAGUUAACUAGCUAUUAUGACGAAGGGAAUUCCCCAUGCUCCAAAGCAGACAAUAAGUCACCAGUUGGGUAAAGAAAAUAUGCUCCCCAAAUCUCUCCAGAAGUCUUUUUUCAAGUGCGGUUAUGAUACCUACACUGAUUUCCAGAAUCAGCAUCUGCUUUCUGAGGCCCUGGCAUCUCCAGAAUGAAGUUGGAGAAUGUGUAUGCUUUGGACUGGAUAAUUACCAAGAGCUGCUGCUGUGUUUUUCGAAGCUGAGAACUGUUUCCUGGCAGAGACAGGCCUGCUUACAGACUUUAUCAUGUGUCUCCAGUAUUUGUUUCCAGGGGUAUAUCCAUGAUCUCUGUUCUAUGGAAAUUCAGCUGCUCUUGCUUCUCCUAUGCCUCAUCUACAGUUAUAGUUCUGGCUGAAACUUCCUAAAAGAUCUGAACCUUACCUGAACCACUGGCGUCUAAAAGUCAGGCUGGACAUCUUUCCAACAUAGGAGGUGGUGCAGAAUGCCAUGAUGGAGGCCUGUGCUGGUGCUUUUGGCUAAAAGUGGGAAGUGUGGAAAUACAUAAAUAAAAAGAGGGACUGAACUUGGAGGCUUUAGCCCAGUUCAGUUUGAACUCUGGGUGUCAGAAGUUUGGGUUGGUUUACUUUGCCUUUUUGUCAUCGUAAUCAUUCUUGAAACACCUGAGAAAUGAUUUCAGAG